AUGUUCGGAGCAACAGGAUUCGGGAACAAAUCAUUGUUCGGCGGAUCGAAUUUGUCUACGACUGCGAGCACCACAGCGACGGCUACACAGAAUGACGACUUUUUUGUUGAUGGUGCUCCAGAAGAUACGAUUCAAGUGAUAAAAUUCAGCCCCCAACCACAAGACAAGCCUAUGAUAGCAUGUGGAGCUUGGGAUGGUACGACUCGUGUUUGGAUGCUAAACGACUCGAAUAAUUUUGAAGGAAAGGCUCAGCAAAACAUUCCAGCUCCAAUUUUAGACAUUUGUUGGACUGAGGAUAGUUCAAAAAUCUUCCUCGCUUGUGCAGACAAAGAAGCCCGUUUAUGGGAUCUCGCCUCUAAUCAAGUCGCAGUAGUUGGAACACACGAUGGACCUGUGAAGACGUGCCACUGGAUUAAUGGAAACAAUUACCAAUGCCUCAUGACUGGAUCAUUCGACAAAACACUCCGGUUCUGGGACAUGAAAAACCUACCAAACCAAACACAAAUGGCUUCGCUCACAUUAACCGAGAGAGUUUAUGCUGCAGAUGUCCUUUACCCAAUGGCAGUUGUAGCCCUAGCGAACAAGCGUAUCAAAGUUUUCAACCUCGAAAACGGGCCAUCAGAAGUUAAAGACAUUGAAAGUCCACUCAAAUUCCAAAUCAGAUGCAUCUCAAUCUUCAGAGACAAACAGAAUCAGAACCCAGCUGGAUUUGCUCUCGGCUCUAUCGAAGGCCGUGUGGCCGUCCAGUACGUUGAAGCUGCGAAUCCAAAAGACAAUUUCACUUUUAAAUGCCAUCGAUCCGCUGACCUCGUCAACGGAUAUCAAGAAAUCUAUGCGGUUAAUGACAUAUGCUUUCAUCCUCAGCACGGAACACUCGUGACAAUCGGAUCAGAUGGACGAUAUUCCAUGUGGGACAAGGACGCUCGCACGAAACUGAAGACAUCAGAACCUCAUCCGAUGCCAUUGACAUGCUGCGACGUGCAUAGUUCUGGAGCGCUCAUGGUUUACGCUUUGGGAUAUGAUUGGAGCAGAGGACACGAAGGAAAUACACAACCAGGGUCGAAAAUCGUUAUUCACAAAUGUGUCGAUGACAUGAAACCAAGAGUCCCGAAGAAGUGA